AUGACUGAGUUCUCAAAAAAAGUUUGCCGGCGAGCCAAUCGUCACGUGAGUUACAACGCUCCCGGAUAUCCUGGUACUCACUCACCCGUAUGUAAAAUAUCCCGUCAGCCGCCGUUUCUUCCUUUUGCGCAAUCUCCCGUCAGCACGUGCUGUGUCUCAAGAAAGGCGUCUCAGUGUACCCAACCGGAGCGUUCUGUCGAUUCGAAAACGAUGCCACUGUUCAAGGACCUUCUCAAUCCGAAUCCGGAAGAAGAAAAGGCGAAGCACAAGCUGAAGCGGCUCGUUCAGAGCCCCAAUUCCUACUUCAUGGACGUCAAGUGUCCCGGUUGCUACAAAAUCACGACCGUCUUCAGUCAUGCGCAGACCGUCGUGCUCUGUGUCAGUUGUUCGACGGUACUCUGUCAGCCGACAGGCGGGCGAGCGAGACUCACAGAAGGUUGUUCUUUCCGGCGGAAGCACUGAGUUAGCUGUAACUACCGAGGUCUCUGCUUGCACCAAUGCAAUACGUUAUACGGACAGAACUGUACAUUGUAGGCAUUGUAUGCUGCUGCUAGAUGGUUGUAGUACAGUUCCUGAAUAUACGGGUUCAAUUUGAUCAACAGA